AUCAGCUGUGUCCAAUCACAGCUGAUCACAUAGGGGACAUGUACACUGAUGAUCAGUGUGCCCUGAUGAUCAGUGUGGCCCCAGAAGUGCCACCUGUCAGUGUCCAUCAGUGCCAGCAGUCAGUGCUCAUCACAUAUCAGUGCAUACCAGUACACAUCAAUGCCACAUAUCAGUGCCCAUCUGAGCUGCCUUUCAAUGUCACCCAUCAGUGCCAGUCAGUGCCACCUAUCAAUGCCAAUCAGUGCCACAUAUCAGUGCUGCCAAUCAGUGCCACCUAUCAG